AGAGGGCGCGAUAGCACCAGGCAGCACAUAAAAGGGAGACUGCCCUGGAGUUCACAGCGGCCGUAACAGCAACCAGAGGAGCAGGCUUCCCGGAGCCUAGCAUUUCAAAUCCAGAUCUGCCCAAGACAGGCCGGCCUUUGGGUGGCCCCAGAACGGUGGUCAUGUCCAGAGCAGCUGUGAUCUUGGCCUGUUUGGCAGUCGCUUCUGCAGCCUCUGAGGGAGGCUUCAAGCCUGCAAGACAGAGAGAACUGAGACCACUACGUCCCACUCAGCGCUUUGAAGAAGUGGGCUAUGCAGAACCCCCCUCCCCGCCCCUGAGCUGGAGCAGAGGCCUCCCCACGGGUCACCAUGACGCUUCUCAGCUGGACCCUCCCUUUGAGGGACAGGUGGAAGUGAACCUUCCCCCGGUCCCUCAGGAAGAGAUACCCCUCCAACAAGAGCUGCCCGCUGCCCGGCGCCCUGAUGGGAAGCAAGUGGACACCCCUGUCCCUCAGGAAGAGAUCCCUCUCCAGCAAGAGCUGUCCCCUCCGCUGCACCCUACUGGACCGAAAGAAAUGGGCUCACCCCUCACACGCCAGGAGGAAAUAGCACAGUCUGGGCAGACAGAGGACAGUCAUCCCAAAGAAAAGCCUGGUCCCCUCCCUGGUCAGGGCCCUUCGGACACUCAGUCUUGGAACCCAGCCCAGCACUGCCAGCAAGGCCGAUUCCGAGGGGGCUGGGGCCACCGGCUGGACAACUUCCCCCCGGGGCGGCCUUCUGCAGACAAUCUGAACCAGAUCUGCCUUCCGGAGCGGAGACCCCUGGUGUACGGCCCGUGGAACCUGCCCCAGUCUGGUUACUCCCACCUUAGCCGCCAGGGCGAGACCCUCAAUUUGCUGGAGACUGGCUAUUCCCGCUGCUGCCGCUGCAAGAGCACCACACACAGGCUGGAGUGUGCAAAGCUUGUGUGGGAGGACUCGAUGACCCAGUUCUGUAAGGCCGAGUUCUCGGUCAAGACCCGACCAUACUCGUGCUGCAAGCAGCAGGGGGAGGCCCGGUUCGCCUGCUUUCAGGAGGGAGCUCUUCGGCCACACUACCAGCCCCGGGCCUGCCCCAGCCACCAGCCUGGCAUUUCUGUGGGCCUGGAGGUACCCUUUCCCCCUGGGCGGCCCACACUGGACAAUGUCAAGAACAUCUGCCACCUGAGACGCUUACGUUCUCUGCCACGCGACCUCCCAGCCACUGACCCCAUCCAAAGGCAGCUCCAGGCUCUGACGCAGCUGGAGGCCGAGUUCCAGCGGUGCUGCCACCAGGGGAGCAACCAGACCUGUGCACAGAAGGCCUGGGAGGAUGCCCUGGACCAAUACUGUGACUGGGAGCAGGCCAUAAAGACCCACCACCACACGUGUUGCCACUACCCACCCAGCCCCGCCCGUGAUGAGUGCUUUGCCCAGCGGGCUCCCUUCCCCAACUAUGACCGGGACAUUUUGACACUCGACCUCAGCCGAGUCACCCCCAACCUCAUGGGCCAUCUCUGCGGAGACCGAAGAGUUCUCAGCAAGUAUAAACAGAUUCCUGGGCUGAUCUGGAACAUGACCACCCGCUGCUGUGAGCUGCCAUUUCCAGAGCAGGCCUGCUGUGCUGAGGAGGAGAAAUUGGCCUUCAUUGCUGAUCUCUGUGGGCCUCGACGCAACUUCUGGAGAGACUCUGCCUCAUGCUGUGACCAGAGGCCUGGGGAUGGACAGACCAACUGCUUCAACAUCAAUUACCUGAGGAACGUGGCUCUAGUGGCUGGAGACACUAGGGAUGCCAGGGCGGAGCGGGGUCCAACUGGGGGAACAAAUGUCAGCCCUGCCCCUGAGUCCAAGGAAGAAUGAGUCACUGCGGAGCCUUGGAGGAUCAGACUGGGGAGCUCCACCCCACCCUCUUUGAACGCUUAUUACAGUAAACACCUCCUGGAUCUGG